UACACUAAACCACGUGGGCAGUGAUAUAUUAAACGGUUUAAUAAGCCUUGUGUCUCUUAUCAAGUAUUUAAACAAGAACCAUCUGCGUCUUCACUUACACCAGAGAUCCAGAGUUGAGUCCAUCGUGUGUACGCUUCUUCAAGAAAUGGGACUAAACAGCACUCUACAAUGCUUCUGUGUGUUAUUGAUUCUGUCUUGUUUCAUUCACCAAUCUGAGACUGGACCUGUGAUGAGUAAAAAAGUCCAACAAACAUGUCUGUUUAAGGGAGUUGAGUAUGAAGAUAGACAGUUCGUACCAAUCCCAGAUACUAACUGUGAACUUUGUUCUUGUUACAAGAAGCAAUCUGUUUACUGUUACGGAGGCUCAAGGUGCUUAGAGACAUAGUCAAAUAAUUGAAGGACGCUAAAAAAAAGGACAAGAAGAUUUGAUGAAACCAAAAUUAGAAACAAUGGAUUCCCACUUUGUCUAACAGAAAUAAACUUAUGUCUACUAACGUUGAACAUCUGAA